CUCUCUCUCUCUCUCCCUCUCUCUCUCUCUCUCAGUCUCCCCCUCUGUGCAACCAGAGGCGAGCCUUGUUUCAACAUAGGAGGAUGAUGAGAUGAAGAAACAUAGCAGAGCGAGUCCGUUCUCCUUUCUUCUGCUAUUAUCCUCCCUCCUCCUCCCUCUCGCCUCGUCCUGCUCGGGGAGCCAUGGCCACAUCCGGCGGCUGCGGCAGCUCCUCCAUGAUGGCCAUGACGCCGAUGACUCAGCUUUCCCCAACCCCCACCUCCGCGACGCCUACAUUGCCAUCCAGGCCUGGAAGCUCGCCAUCAUCUCCGAUCCCUUGAACCUCACCGGCAACUGGGUCGGCCCCGGCGUCUGCAACUACACCGGCGUCUUUUGCUCCCCCCUCCCUUCCGACCCCAACCUCACCGUCGUCGCCGGCGUCGAUCUCAACCACGGCGACCUCGCUGGCUACCUUCCCCACCAGCUCGGCCUCCUCGCCGACCUCGGCCUCCUCCACAUCAACUCCAAUCGCUUCUGCGGCACCCUCCCCCGCUCCCUCCGCCGCCUCGCCCUCCUCCACGAGCUCGAUGUCAGCAACAAUCGCCUCGCCGGCCCCUUCCCUGACGUCGUCCUCCGCCUCCCUUCCCUCCGCUACCUCGACCUCCGCUUCAACGAGUUCGAGGGCGCGGUGCCACCAGAGCUCUUCGACCGGGAUCUUGACGCCAUUUUCAUCAACCACAACCUCUUCGCCUUCGACAUCCCUGAAAACCUCGGCAACUCCCCAGUCUCCGUCGUCGUCCUCGCUAACAACCGCUUCCACGGCUGCCUGCCUGCCACCCUCGGCAACAUGUCCCGGACGCUCAACGAGAUCAUCCUCAUGAACAAUGGCCUCAGCUCCUGCUUCCCCCCGGAAAUCGGCCUCCUCCGGAGCCUGACCGUGCUCGAUAUCAGCUUCAACAAGCUCGUGGGGCCGCUGCCGGGCUCCGUCGCCGGAAUGCUCAGCCUGGAGCAGCUGGACGUCGCUCACAAUCUUCUCUCCGGAGGGAUCCCGGCCUCGAUCUGCGCCCUGCCGCGCCUCAAGAACUUCACCUACUCGUACAACUUCUUCACCGGCGAGCCGCCCCAGUGCUUGGCGGUGGAAUCGUUCGACGACCGCCGUAAUUGCCUCGCCGAUAGGCCGAGGCAGCGCUCGGACCGCCAAUGUCAGUCCUUCCUGCCUCAUCAUCCCGUCGACUGCUCCACUUUUGGCUGCAAGCCCUUCGUACCGGCACUGCCCCCGCCGCCUCCUCCGACUUCUCCGCCACCGCCGUCACCUCCUCCACCUUCUCCGCCACCGCCGUCACCUCCUCCGCCGCCUUCUCCGCCACCACCGUCACCCCCUCCGCCUUCUCCGCCACCGCCGUCACCUCCUCCACCACCUUCUCCGCCACCACCGUCACCUCCUCCGCCAUUUCCUCCACCACCUCCGCCACCGCCUCCUCCUUCUCCACCACCGAUACCUUACUGUGUCCGGUCGCCACCGCCGCUGCCAGUCUACUGCCCACGAUCUCCUUCGCCACCCGUCUACUGCGCAAGAUAUCCAUCACCGCCAAUCUACUGUAAACAAUCUCCACCGCCACCUCCACCGAACUUCCCUCCACCACCUGUGUAUUUUCCGCCACCAAGCCCACCCCAUUCUCCCCCUCCAUCUCACCCAUCUCCACCACCUCCGAUCAAUUCCCCCCCGCCGCCGCCAAGUUCACCGCCGCCUCCGCCACCCAACUCACCCCCACCUCCGCCUCCAUCGUACUCCCCACCUCCGCCUCCGCCUCCGCCUCCGCCUCCAUGUAUAGAGUCUCCUGCGUCACCGCCUCCAUGUAUUGAGCCGCCGCCACCUCGGUGCAUCGAGCCACCACCUCCUCCGUGCGUGGACCCACCGUCACCCUCACCCGUAUCCGAAGAAGUAGAACCACUGCCGGCUGUUGUUGGAAUUUCAUAUGCGUCACCUCCGCCGCCUCCUAUCUAUUAAUUCAUGUGCAGAUUUUCUUGGUCACCCUCGUACCUCUCCAUCGCUAAAGCUAUCGUCUCCCUUUUUUUCCAGUAUUCUUGGCAAAUCUUCCGGUGAAAUAUUCCUCCAUCAAAUUCUACAUUAUCCUUCUUCUCCUCUCUUCUUCGUGGUUCCUCCACCAGAUCGCCCGACUUGGAUAUUAUCAAUGGCGCGUUCUCCCUCCUCUACUCUCUUCUUUCCCUUCUGAUAUCAUGGUAUGAUUGAUUCAUCGAGUAUACUCAGAAUGCUACCUCCGUUGGUAAGCUUCCUGUCCUACAUUGCUCGCUGUUAUUUCUGUACGUUUGGAUGUGACUGCAUGCUUCUUGAUGCGACUGCUGUGCUCUUGUGCAAGAAAUUUGAUCCCUCGAACUCGAUAAUUGUGGAGAGAAGUGGUGGUC